AUGCUCCUGAAAUAUAGGGCCCUUUUACAGGACUAUAAUAUUGAGUUGAGGCGUGUUUUUAAAGACACAGAACGAAAACAACUACUGCCAAACUUGUCGUAUAGCCGGACCGACCCCAAGCAAUCAACGCUCUCUCUGCCGAAGGGCUUUCGCCAUAGGGCCAUGAUUCAUUCGGAAGGGCCGUCAAAGAUGAAUACGUGCGGUGAACCCAGCCGUAACACUCCCUUGGAGAGGAAAACGUCCGAGCAAAAAGGCCAAACACACAAAGAACGCCAGCCCAAUCUAGAUAAUUCAAAGAUAGGACACUCCAUUACGCCUUUGGCAGAUCCAGAAUUUCACCACUCUCUACCCCAGCUGGAAUCUGAUCAGCCAAUGCCAAGUGACGCUCCUCCCAAGGGAAAUGGGACACACAGAAAGCCAGAGACAGAUUUAAUUGUCUUUGACGAAGACCCCCCGAUGGUCCCAGCAAUUCAGAUAACACCAUCAAUGCCGGGAAAUCGGGAAAAUGCUGCAAAUCAACCCCAAGAACAACAACACCGUGCAUAUCCUAAGAACGUUUGCAUCAUUACCGAACCAGUGGGAGAGCUGAUAACAAUUUCCCCAUCACAAUGA